AAGUGGAACUGCUCCAAAGACUCCAAACUGCUCAAACUCUCAGCUCUGAAACACACUUCAUAAGACUUUCUGUUCACAUUAUGCAGUAUUAAAUUACAUUACAGGUAAAGGCAACAUCUGUAUGGGAACCUGACUGAACGUCAGACUGUUUGUAUGGUUUAAAACUACUGAGAGAAACACCGAAGCUCCUGUUUUCCUACACAUUUACACUUGCUGAUGAUUGCGUUUGUUUAACUGCAGUACCAACGCCCUGAUCUCACUAAUCCACAAAGCUGACUUCCAAUAACUGAAGUGAAUACUGAAUACGUUUCCACUGAAUUCCACCUCAUCAUGAUUCAGGUUGAUUGCUUCACAAACUCAGGGAUGGAUCCCCUCAACUCCACCCGCCUCACCACCAACCAAUCAGACUUCAGCAGCAGCUUCACCCACCACAUCCUCCCGCCGCUCUAUUUAGUGAUCUGCAUUUUGGGGGUGUCCCUGAACGGUGUGGCCGCCUGUAUCUUCUUCAGAGUGCCCAGUGACUCAGGGCUGGUCGUCUACCUGAAGAACAUGGUGGUGGCCGACCUCCUCAUGCUGGUCACCUUCCCCUUCAAGGUGGCGGCUGAGCUGGGCCUGGGCAGCUGGCACCUUCAUGUGGUCGUCUGCCGCUACACCGCCGUGCUCUUUUACUCGUCCAUGUACGUGGGGAUCCUUUUCAUGGGCCUCAUCAGCCUCGAGCGCUACGUCAAGAUCGUCCGACACACCUCUCCCUCCCCCUCCCCCUCCACCUGCAGGUCCAGGUUGGGCGGGGUGUCCUUGCUACACCUCCUGCAGAGCGUCAGCUUCGCCCAAGUGCUGGCGCUCCUCAUCUGGAGCCUCUUCCUCCUCCUCUGCGUCCUGCCCAACGCCCUGCUGACCAGCCUGCCGCCUAAUGAGGGGAACGCGCGGCACUGCAUUCAGCUGAAGACGUCGCUGGGCGUGCAGUGGCACAAGGUGUCCACCUUCUUCAGUAUUAGCCUGUUCUGGGUGACCCUGCUGGUCCUCGCUUUCUGCUAUACCUCCAUCGCCUGCCGGGUCUACCAGUCAUACCGCCGCGUGCGUGGCAACAGCGGCAACGUCUGCCGCAAGUCGAACCGCAGCAUCUUCAGCAUCCUGGUGGUAUUCGUCGUUUGCUUCGUGCCGUACCACGUCUGCCGUGUGCCGUACACUCUGUGCCAGACGCUGGACUUGGGCUUCAGCCAGGGUACACACUUCCUGCUGUUCCAGAUGAAGGAGGGGACGCUCUUCCUGUCGGCGCUCAACGUCUGCCUCGACCCCAUCAUCUACUUCCUGAUGUGCCGAACCUUCAGAGAGUCGCUGCUAAAGAAACUGUCAGGAAGAGACGGGAGGAGAUCCCCGACCACCGGCCAGAGUCAGAGCAACAUUUAGGAGAGGAGACAAGGACAGGAGACAAGGAGAGGAGACGAGGAGAGGAAACAAGGAGAGAAGACAAGGACAGGAGACAAGAGAGGAGAUGAGGAAAUGAGACGAGGAGAGGAAUC